UGAAUGUUCCUGUACAGACUGUCAGCAACAAUAAUGCAAUAGAACCCACCAGUAAUUACAGCGUGCCCAACACCAACUUGAAUGUUCCUUUACGGGCUGUCAGCAACAAUAAUGCAAUAGAACCCACCAGUAAUUACAGCGUGCCCAGCACCAGCUUCAAUGUUCUUGAACGGACUGUCAGCAACUUUUACCAGCCUUUCUUUCCCUUUCCAGUGCGCCCACAACCCAUAUAUCCACGAAACCAUACUGAAAAAACAUUUCCUUUGCCUACAUCAGGGGACAUUCUUGACAUCAGUGAUAACACUGCAUUUUUAUCAUCAUCACUGAAUGUCAUCAAUGGUGACGACUACACAAGGUCACCAACACCACCACCGCAUUGUGAAUCUUGCAAUAUUUCCCGUGUUUCAGAUGUAACCCAUGAGCAAAAUUGUGUCGACUGUGAGAUUAAGGACAAAAUGAUAAGAGAUUUAACGGCAGAAAUCAACCAACUUCAACAGAGUGCUUCCACUUCAAAUCAACUUCACGAAAGCAGGAAAAGGAAAUAUCAACCAAAGACCAGACCAGAGGUUGAAAUGGCAGAUUAUAUUGAAAUAGGCCCAAAUGAUGCAAUACCAGAGGUCUUUCAUCUGCUGUCACCUGGGAGUGGCAUUGCUGUAAACUCGUUGUGGUUAAACAACACUCUCUCUGUUAUUUCAAAUCAAAGAUAUAGAAAAGAGAAAAAGGCUGUGAAAAAGGGGAAAGGUGUUCGCGAGAAUCGUGACGUGGAAAUUCUAAAAAAAAAAUUAAUGGAUGGAUUUUUUUACCCUUGGGACUUGGCAGUAGAAGGGGUUACAGCUAAAUUCCAAGCAAAUCCUGUCUAUAAAGGUUUGCAAUUGUAUGCAACACAUCAUUUGAAGAUGGAUAUUCCCUUCUUCAAAAAAUGUUGGAAUGCAAAGAUGGUAUCGGCCAGACAAACACUUAAAAGGCUGUCAUCACUGUCCACAAACAGUAGAGUAAUACAUACUAUAUACAUGGUUUUCAACUAAAGGUGCAUUUAUGAUUUCAAUACACUUACUAUUUUUUGUGCAAAAUAAUGUAGCCCAGGUUCGUCUAAAGAUGAAAAGUCCACGGAAGAGAGAGGAUUGAAUCUUUCUGUAAUAUAUAGUCUAAGUGAGGCGUUGGACCUAAUUAAAAUGAGAACUACAUUUUAGUGAAUAAACUUUAAUGGUUUGCUGUUUUAAUAUAUGGAAGAUUUCUGUUAAACUUAAUCGAAAAGAUACAAUGUUCUUCGUAAAGAGCUUAAACUGUUAUUUUAAGAGAUAUUUAGGUAGAGGGAGGGUGGGGGAUAAAUAAUGUGGUUAUGUGGCAGCUGGUGGAAUUAGAGGACUUUGAGGACAUAUCUAUAUUUCAUGUAUAUAGUUCUUGUUACUGUUAGCUUCAGUUACUCUUGUGCAUUUUAGUAUGUAGUCAUCUGUUGAUCUAGUCGCAGUAGUUAGCAGUUCACAUAAUUUUUAGUUUUAUUAUUGAACUUUUUAAAAAUUGUUAUUCAAUGCUGUUCAAUAUAAUUCCUGUUUGCACCUAUUUGCAUUGGAUAUCACCUAUGUGAUAAUUUUUUUUAUAUUGAUUACACUGCAAUAAUGUCACAAUCGAUUUUUAUGCAUUACUGACUUGCUGUUGAAAUGACAUUAGAAUCUUUGAGGACUUGUAUAUAGUUCUUGUUACUAUUUAAUAGCUUCAGUUGCUCUUGUGCAUAUUUGUAUAUAUUCAUCUUUUUUAUUGAUCUAGUAAGCAGUUCACAUCAUUUUUACUUUUAAUUACUGAACUUUUUUAGUUGUUGUUAUCCAAUGCUAUUAAUGAUAUCCAAAAGUAACGAUGAGAAAGUAUAUGUAUUUGUGAAACUAUGAAAAGCCAUCUGUGUCAGUUACUAUACCUACUCCAUUGUUUGAGAUUUAUUCUUUUAAUCAACUGUUCCAAUCAUGAUGAAUGUGCUAUUCAAAAUCUUAAAUACUCUUAUCCCAUUGUCUUUCGUCUACGGUUUCUAGUAUUUUACAUAAUUGCAUGCAUCUGUGUUUCUUGAAGGUUCAAUGUUAAAUGAUUUGUAGAUUCAAGGGAGGUAGGGUAAGCUUACUAAGCAUAGUAAUAAUUUGCUGUAGUUGAGAAUUACCAUACUGCUUAACAUAUAGUCAUCUUAUUACAGUUUAUUUCUAGUCAUAUUGAACUAUUAAUUGCUAUAAAAUAUGAAGUUCUAAUAUUGAUGAUAUGAUUUCAUUUUGAUCACUAUUUAUUGGCUCCACUUUUUUGGCACGCUGUUUUUGGCUGUAUUUAGCUCUAAAACUUCAUAGUUAUUUCGGAUUUCAAACAUUUCGGUUAAGCAUCACUGAAGAGACAUUAUUUGUCGAAAUGCGCAUCUGGUGCAUCAAAAUUGGUACCGUAUAAGUUUUACAUUAUGACCCCUGGGUCGAGGCCUCUGCUGGUGGACUGUUAGUCCCCGAGGGUCUCUACAGCCCAGUAGCUAUGUACUUCGUUACUAGCUUGAAAAUACGGAUGUAUAUUUAAUUGCUGUUAUAAAAUUUAGAAAUUCAUUUCAAAAUUAAGGAUUAUCUCCCUCAUGCAUAACUCUUAUCCUUGGACAAAUUUGGCUCCACUUUUUUGGCACGCUGUUUUUGGCUAUAUUUAGCUCUAAAACUUCCUUGUUAUUUCGGAUUUCAAACAUUUCGGUUGAGCAUCACUGGAGAGACAUUAUUUGUCGAAAUGCGCAUCUGGUGCAUCAAAAUUGGUACCGUAUAAGUUUUACAUUAUGACCCCUGGGUCGAGGCCUCUGCUGGUGGGCUGUUAGUCCCCGAGGGUCUCUACAGCCCAGUAGCUAAGUACUUCGUUACUAGCUUGAAAAUACGGAUGUAUAUUUAAUUGCUGUUAUAAAAUUUAGAAAUUCAUUUCAAAAUUAAGGAUUAUCUCCCUCAUGCAUAGCUCUUAUCCUUGUACGAAUUUGGCUCCACUUUUUUGGCACGCUGUUUUUGGCUAUAUUUAGCUCUAAAACUUCAUAGUUAUUUCGGAUUUCAAACAUUUCGGUUGAUCAUCACUGAAGAGACAUUAUUUGUCGAAAUGCGCAUCUGGUGCAUUAAAAUUGAUACCGUAUAAGUUUUACAUUACAUAAAUUCAAAAAAUGUCAGAAAUCCAUUAUAUUAUUUUUGCUUUUAACAUGUGUACACAGUGAAAAAUAACAGUCAGAAUUCCAAAGAUUUUCACAUAAUGUAUGUUGUAUCUUUAUUUUUGUACUUAUACUGUAUGUUAUCCUCACAAGUCAAGGUUUUGUGAUUACAUACUCUCCACACUAACAGGAAGUUUUUAACUGCUUGUGGAGAGCACGUAAUCCUUGACUUAAUUGUGAGGAUUACUGUAUGUAUAUAUAUACAUUACAUUCCAUUCCUAUUAUAUUUUUUAAAUAUGUAUACAUUUCAAAAGCCAAUUCAUAGAAUCUUCAUUACCGUGUUUUGAUUAUGUUUUGUUAAAAGUGUUUGGAAAGUGUUUUGUUUUCAUGUUUUGAUUAUAUUUUGUUACAUACGUUUUCAAAGUACUUUGCUUGAGAUCUCAUGUAACAAAAUAUUUUCAAAACACUAUAGCUGCAGUAUUUUGAUAGUAUUUUGAAACAAUGUUUUGUUAGUAUUUUGUUAUGUACCUCAUUUGCAUAUGAUUUUCAAAACACUACUGCAGUAUUUUGAUGAUAUUUUGAAAGAACGUUUUGUUAGUAUUUUGUUGAUGUUUUGUUACCUCAUUUGCAUGUGAUUUGCUGUACUAUUAAAACGUCUUCAAAACGC